AUGAAAGUUGUGUUAGAUAAAUACAUCUCAGAAUUUCAAUCGACUUUUGUCCCGGGACGCUCUAUUUUGGAUAAUGCUAUGGUUGCCAUUGAGAUCAUUAAUCGUAUGAAGAUAAAAGUCAAAGGUAAUGUGGGAGAAGUGGCUCUUAAGCUUGAUAUUAGUAAAGCUUAUGACAGGAUCGAAUGGAAUUAUCUUCGACAGGUUAUGGAUAAAAUGGGCUUUUCUGAACAAUGGAUAAAGUGGAUAAUGUUGUGUGUCGAAACUGUUGACUAUUAUGUUCUUGUCAAUGGUAACGUCACGGGACCUAUCAUUCCUGGUAGAGGCUUGAGGCAAGGUGAUCCAUUGUCACCGUACUUGUUUAUUAUUUGUGCAGAAGGGCUAUCAGCACUCAUUCGGAAAGCAGAAGCAAGAGGGGAUAUUAAUGGUGUGAAAGUCUGUAAUAAUGCUCCCAUAAUAUCAUGA